AUGAUUGCUGCGUUGAAUAUUCAAAUCCCCAAACCGUUGGACCUUCCACCACCGACAUCACCAAAAGAUGUCGCUAGAGGAAAGCACGCCAUUGAUACCGAGCUAGCAAAUUCGCUCGAGAAAUUGUGCUUGGUAGAACGAGAGAAGGCACUCUUUGAUCUUCAUGGAAUUUCCUCUGGAAAUCAGAAUCACGAUGCAGUCCCCCAGCAACAAUGGAUGGAUACAAUGAAAGAACAACUAAGCAAGAAGAAGCAUGGCACCGCUUAUGAGCUUGCCGAAAAGCUCGACUUUGCAUAUGUCUCAGAUCCCGUCUUAAUGGACAUGUUCCUGAAAGCCUGUGAUUUCGAUCCUUUCGAAGCGUCCGAAAAGAUGAUUUACUUUUUCGAACUGAAGCGUCAAAUCUUUGGUGUCCAAAAGCUUGUCAAAGACAUCACCUUAGACGACCUAGACGAAAAGGAUAAAGAUUAUCUCAUUAACGGAAGCAUUCAAAUCCUACCGUUUGGUGACAUGUCAGGCAGAGAUAUUCUCAUGCUUCAUGGCAGUCGCAAGCAGAGGCCAUCACUACAAAGCGAAGAAAGAGUCACGUUCUAUGUCUUUCACGAGAGCGCCAAGAGAGCCUACCAUUCCAAAAUGUCCGCCGUUACUGUGGUCUACUUUGGACUGGAGGCACCUACACCUGAAACAAGCCGUCAUUCGGGACUUUGGUAUGGUAUCCCGUUCAAGGCAGCUGGAAUUCAUCUUUGUGCCGGAAAUACAGAAGAACUCGUCAGAGACUGCUAUGGAAUCACCAUGUUGCCACCAAAAUGUCUAGCUCGAACUCGAGUCCACAUUGGGACUUAUGCGCAAUGCCACGAGAGUCUAUCUGCGUAUGGUAUCCCAUCUCACUUGCUCCCAGCAAAGUGUGCUGAUAGUCCCACCAUUUCCCAUCACUUGGAAUGGUACAGACAACUCGAAGAAAGCACCAAGAAGCUCUCUACAAUGCCGCCUUCUCCUUCUGCAUCACCAGCGCCAGGAACCUACUGCGACAAAGAUGUCUUGUUUGGCCACAAGAGAAACCAUACGGGCAAUGCCCUCAUGCGCAAACUGGUGGAGCUCCAGCAGGAAGCCUACGAUUUGGCUCCCAAGGCUGGGAAAGUCAAGCUCGCCAUGAAAAUUGUGGAACAGAUCCAACAGUCUGGAGGAAGAUUCCUCCGACGAGACGAUGAAGGUGACUGGGUAGAGGUUUCCAGUGACAAGGCUCGGGAUAAGGUUGCUCACACCUUUCGGAAUCUAAGAAGAACUCUUUCGCAACAGCAAUAA